CAGCUUCUCUUUUGGGAACCAAUGAAGAGACAGAACCAGAGUGGGAUCACUGAAUUCAUCCUCGUGGGCUUCUCAAGUUUGGGAGACCUACAGAUUUUGCUUUUCUUCAUCUUCCUGCUGGUCUAUUUAACCACUUUAAUGGCCAAUGUCACCAUCAUGACUGUCAUUCGCCUGGACCGAACCCUCCAUACCCCCAUGUACUUUUUUCUUUUUGUCCUUUCCUGCUCUGAGACCUGCUACACUUUGGUCAUCAUCCCCAAGAUGCUAACAAACCUGCUCUCUACUGACAAGACCAUUUCCUUCUCUGGCUGUGCAGCCCAGCUCUACUUUUUUGUAGGCUUGGCUUGCACCAAUUGCUUUCUGAUCGCUGUAAUGGGUUAUGACCGGUAUGUUGCCAUCUGCAACCCUCUCAAUUACAUGCUCAUUGUCAGUCGAGCAACUUGCAUCCAGCUGGUGUUGGCCUCUGCCCUCUGUGGCUUCAUGAUCUCUGUGAUUGUCAACAUCCUUGUGUUCAGCCUGCCCUUCUGUGCAUCAAACCGAGUCAACCACUUCUUCUGUGACAUCUCUCCUGUCAUCAAGCUGGGCUGUACUGACACAAAUAUGAAAGAGAUGAUCAUCUUCUUCCUCAGUAUUUUGGUGUUGUUGGUCCCCUUUGUGCUGAUAUUCAUCUCUUAUGUUUUCAUUGUCUCCACUAUCCUCAAGAUCUCCUCAGCUGAGGGGCAACGAAAGGCCUUUGCCACUUGCAUCUCCCACCUCACUGUGGUCAUUGUCCACUAUGGCUGCGCUUCUUUCAUCUACCUUCGUCCUACAUCUCUCUAUUCUUCAGACAAAGACCGAUUGGUGGCAGUGACCUACACUGUGAUAACCCCAAUGCUCAACCCCCUUGUCUAUACUCUGAGGAACAAAGAAGUAAAGACAGCCCUAAGGAGGGUCCUAAGCAGAUACUCUCUUCCCAAAAGCAUUUGAAUGGUUUGGGAAUCAGUGAAGCCUCAGCCUUUAUGGGACAUGGGAGAGUCUUCAGUUUUGCCUGUGGAGUAUCUGCCCCAUUUUCUUCAAAACCUCUCGGAACAUGAACUCCAUGGAGAUCUAUUGUAACUUCUAGUUGUGCCUUC